AUCAUGCUUUAAUAUUUAUACUUCACAGUGCAAUCAAGAGAAAAACCAACUUCUUCAACUUUUUAAUUACACUAACAAUGAAUUCCCAUCUUCUUCCUUUGCUCUCUCUUCUUCUUCCUCUUCUUCUUCUGAGCACAACUAGUGCUCAGCUUAGAGUUGAUCACUACAGAAACACAUGCCCGAAUGUCGAAUCAAUUGUCCAUGCCGCAGUUAAACAGAAGUUUGAGCAGACAUUUACAACUGCACCAGGCACUCUCAGACUCUUCUUCCACGAUUGCUUUGUUCGGGGAUGUGAUGCUUCAGUGAUUCUAGCUUUUAGGAACAAGUCGGCGGAGAAGGACAACCCGGAUGACAUGUCACUCGCCGGAGACGGGUUUGACACGGUGAUCAAAGCCAAGGCUGCUGUUGAUAGAGUGGCUGGCUGUAGGAACAAGGUUUCUUGCGCUGACAUUCUUGCCAUGGCCACAAGAGAUGUUAUAUCACUGAGUGGAGGUCCAUUCUAUGGAAUUGAAUUGGGGAGACUCGAUGGAAGGGUGUCCACGAAGACCAGUGUGCGCAAGCAUCUUCCUAAGCCUGAGUUUAGAGUGGACAAGCUGAAAGCUAUGUUUGCCAAGCAUGGUCUCUCCAUAACCGAUCUCGUUGCUCUCUCCGGGGCUCAUACGAUCGGGUUCUCACACUGCGACCGAUUCGGCCACCGGAUACACAACUUCAAGAGCAAGAACAGAAUUGAUCCGACGAUGAAUGUGGACUACGCAAUGAGCCUCAGGAGACAGUGUCCGAAGAAUGUAGACCCGAGAACUGCGAUUACUCUGGACCCAACAACGCCGCAGAGGUUCGAUAACAUGUACUACAAGAACCUUCAGCAAGGAAGAGGGCUGCUUACCUCUGAUCAGUGUUUGUUUACCGACGCCAGAACAAGGCACAUUGUCAACUAUUUUGCAGCAAACAACACAGCCUUUGAGCAUGCAUUCGUGGCUGCAAUUACAAAGCUUGGUAGAGUGGGAGUAAAGACUGGAAAACAAGGUGAAAUUAGACGCGAUUGUACUGCUGUAAACUAAUGCAUCAUAAGAAAUUUAUAGUCUACUAGCUAAGAAAACUUCAAGGAACUUCUGAUGUCAAUCUUGAAAACAAGAGCUCAGAAAACAGGGUACUUCCUAA